AUGGCAUCAAACACAUCUAACCGAAUAGCCGAUUUGAUUCUCAUAACACACGCAUCUCGAGGAGUCGCUUCAAAAUUUUUAUCACUGCAACGAGAAAAUGCAAAUUUCUUUUUAAAAACUUCGAAUUGGCGCUGGUCGAUAAAUGUUUCUCAAGAGCAUAAGUUUAAAGUUCAAGAAAAAGCAUCACCGUCGCCAUCACCGCCAGUACAAAAUUCAUCAUUAGAAAAUGAGACAACCACCACGUCUAAAAUAAAUUUUGUUGGAUCGAAAAAUAAAAUUUUAAAAGAUGAUAAGAUAAUUUCGGAAAUUAAGGAAUCAAAAUUUGAAGAAAGAGCUGAGAACGUAGCAUCUUCUGAGGUACGAUUGAAACCUGUAUUAAAAGAAUCAAAAGUGCCAGCUAGCAGAAUAAAUCGGUUAUUUCAAUAUGGCGGACUUGCGGUUGGACUGGGAUUUGGUGCAAUUGGAGAAGCGACUCGUCGUGCUGUACGUGGAAAUAAACACGGAGAAAGCAGCGGUUCUCUAUUGAUGAGUGAAGCAAAUGUUGACCGUUUGGCGAACAAGUUGACACGAAUGCGUGGAGCGGCCUUAAAAAUGGGUCAAAUGAUUAGCAUACAAGAUAAUAAGAUGCUACCAGAGCCUUUGGAAAAAAUAUUGUUGAGAGAUGUUUUGAGAAAUGAACUCGGACCACAUUGGCGUCUGAAAUUCACAAAUUUUGAUGAGAUUCCGUUUGCUGCUGCUUCAAUAGGUCAAGUUCACUUAGCAACACUACGAGACACCGGCUAUAAAGUAGCUGUAAAAGUUCAAUAUCCUGGAGUGGCCAACUCCAUCGAUUCUGAUCUUAAUAAUCUUAAAACAUUGGUGACUUUUAGUAAUUUAUUGCCAAAAGGACUUUACCUUGAGAAUACGAUAAAGGUCGCAAGACGUGAGUUAGCCUGGGAGACAGAUUAUCUUCGUGAAGCGAGAUGCAUGGAACGGUUUCAAGAGUUACUGAAGGAAGAUGAGGAUUUUAGCGUGCCGAUUUUGUUGAAGGAUUUGACAACUGCUAUGGUUUUAACGAGUGAGUUUAUGGAAGGUGAUCCGAUGACUAUAGUUGCGGCAAGGUAUAGUCAAGAGAUUCGCAACAUGAUCUCUCAAAAGAUACUUCGUUUAUCUCUUCGUGAACUUUUCGAAUUUCGAUUCAUGCAAACCGAUCCAAACUGGACGAAUUUUUUGUAUAAUCAACGAACGAGAAAGAUCGAAUUACUUGAUUUUGGAGCAAGUCGGGAGUUCGGUGAAGAAUUCAUAUAUUUGUAUCGGGAAGCGCUAAAAGCCGCGGCAAGACAAGAUUAUGAAGGAUGCAUUUAUUAUUCUGAACAAUUAGGCUUCUUGACUGGACUGGAAACAAAGUCUAUGAAACGAGCACACGCCGAAUCAAUGAUGGCAAUCGGUGAACCUUUCGCUUCUCCAUUAUACGAUUUCUCAACGCAGACAGUCACAGAACGUGUUCGUAAUCUGAUUCCAAUCAUGUUGAAGCACCGUUUGACUCCUCCUCCCGAUGAGACUUAUAGUCUACAUAGAAAAUUAUCGGGCGCGUUUUUGUUAUGCGCAAAAAUGGGGGCAAAGAUUAGAUCGGUGGUGGUCUUGUUCGAGGUCCAAACUGAACUGGCAACCAACAUCAGCGGUGCCUUUAACAUGAUGCAUUUUCUUAUCGAAAAAAGGACAUUGAGUAGUCAAAAAAGGAAUGCCAAAAAUCAACCAGCAAUAAACGAAUAUGUCCAAAUGCUCUUUUCGAUAGCGAGAGCUUGGGUUCAAGAUUCGGCGGGAGAACUUCAGAUACCACCAGCAGAUACUGGAAAAGUUCAUCCAGGCACAAACACGGUAGAUUUCUCUGCUGUCGCAUCUUCAAUUCUGCCUAUUACAGAUUCAUACGUGUUCUUAAUUGGAUGUCAUGUAGUUGCUGUCGUUGUUUCAGCAUUUGUUUAA